AUGUCAAGUAGCUCGUCCAGUGACUACUCGGACGAGGACUUGGAGACAAUGCGGCCAAUCACUGUAGCUCCAACGGCUCCAAAUCUCGACCAAGUAGUUGAGUUGGCGCAAAUCUGUUCUUUCUGUACUACAUUUCGCCAGCCACUGCGCUUGCCAAGCUUCUCACGAACGGACCUUCAAGAAGCCAUUUUAAGCGCGCCAAAUGGCGAUACAACCCACGUGGAAUUGCUCGCUGAACUGCACUUCAAGUUGGCGCGCGAACACCCAUCGGCAAAAAUGGAAAAAAUGGUUCAAGAUUGGGAAAAAACACUGGCUCGUAAACUACAAGAUAACUGGCGCAAGGAAUUCACUGCGAAUCCCAUGGCUGGCGGCGUUGCGUAUGGAGACUUGGUGGUGUCUGAAAGGGUUAAAAUUCUCGAUGCGCUGUGCCACUGGAAACUUGACACAUGUGCCGAUAUCCAAAAACAUAUUGCCACACUGCAGAAAGAAAAUGACAUUGAGGCCAUUGACCGACUGCGAGCAGGCGAGAUCGGAACGGAUGACAACGGUGUUUCGUACUGGUAUUUUCAUGAUGCAUGCUGGGUGUAUGCCGAAGAUAAGCUACAAUGGCAGCUUGAAAAUCGCGAGCAGUCAUAUAUGGUUGAGUUCGCAAGCACUAAACGUAUUCGGUUAUCAAUCAAUUUCGACCCUGAUUAUACGUCUCCAUCGCCAACGCUUGGCUUGCCAGUGGAAGUCGCGACUGAUGGUAAAGGUGUGAUGAAGGAGACCACGAUGCAAAUCCCAUCAGAACUGAAGUUUAAUCAUGGCGAAAAAAUUUCCGGGACUGAUAAAAUAGAGCCUGGACAGGCAGCAGCCGAAGUGGUCUGGGCGGAGAAAAAAGAGCCCGAACAUGGUCAUGUACCCACAGACGUUGGUGUGAUUUCAUUAAAAGAAGGAUCCUCACCUGCUUUAAAGACUCUUUCCGAUAAAAGUAUGGACACGUGUAUGCCACAAAGCCUCAAAGCUGUCUCUACCCAGUCGAACAGCCUGGAGGAUUUUGAUAGAAAUGGCAAUUUUAUCAAGGCGGAAGCAAUGGCUAGUUUUGCUUCCGUUACUGUAGCCUAUGGAUCCCAAGCUGAAGAAAAUGCAAGAUGUUGUGACAAGAGCAACAAGAAGAGCCUGGGUUUACACGUAAGGAUCGAUGCUACUAGAAGUUCAAAAAUGGAAGGGCCUGGAAAAGCUUUCGACAGUUUACUUGACCAAACCCAAUCAUGCGUAGUAGCUGUCGUAGGCUCUAAAAAGCGUACAAUUGUCGACGAUGACAGCAGCGGAGGCAGCAGUAGUGAAGCCGAGACCUUGGUUCGAUUGACAGGUGCGAAGUUAGAUAUGCAGGCUGUUGCAUCUACGCAGCUGCAGAAGAAACGAAAAACCAGCUUUGGGGCUAAAGGCCCUACACAAAUACCGUGCGCCGAAAUAUACAAAGAUCAAUUGGACACUCACGCAAAUAAAUCGUCAUAUGUUCAGGCUGAAAGCGAUGCUUCUGUCGCAGAGGAUCACACAGCACCUAUUAUGGCUAAUUCUGUGUCAACUGUGAACGAGAGAUUACCCGCGAAGAUGGUUGAUUAUUCGAGCUUGCUAACCGCAGAAAAGGAAGAAAUCAAUAUGGCAUGUAAUGUUAUUAAGAAUGGCUCCACCGAAAUCAAGAAAAUUAAGGAUGCUGCACGUGAAGUAAAAUUAUUAAGCUCGACUUUAAAGUCACCAACUGACCCAGAUGCAGCGCCGGAACUGUUUGAUAUUACCUGCGAGAGCUGCAAAAAAUGUUACGAUAUGCGGUAUGUAGAUCCUCCCCUUGUUGAACGUCCAACGGAAGAGUGGCGGUGUUUUGAAUGCCUUGUGAAUGAUGCUCGGGGAUGGCCUCGCCGACGAAAAUCAGCACUUCGGGAAACAUACUCUCCCCGUCGAAAUGAUUUGACGUCUCGAAAACGGGACUUAUCGUCAAAGUCUCGCAGCGGGUCGUCGUCGUGGAAAAGUCCUGCAAAAAGCUCAAGUAAACGUCCUAGUUCAUUUUCGAAUUCUAAAAGCAGCAGCCAUAGUAAAAUUUCUAAGCGAAAGUCUUCUAAUAGCAAGAGCGGUUCCAGCAAAAAAUCGUCCUCUAAAAAACACAAGAAGCGCAAGUCCUCAUCAUCUUCGCACCAUCACCACAGCAGUCACGGACACCGACGGCGGCAUCACAGUCACUAUCAUCACGCUGAGUUUGCCAGGCUUGUUGCCUUGUUUCAGGAGCGGCAAGAACAGCGCCUUACUAUAGAAAAGUCUCGUAUCUGUGGAGAUCUUGAGAUGACGUAUGAUGACGGUCCUAAAGGUUGGCGUGUGGUUAGCUCGACGCUCGAUGAGCUGCAAGCGCUUAUCGAAUCAUUAUCAGGUGGGUCUUUGGAGCAAAAUCGCCUGCGAGGACGGCUGAUUUUAAUUCUUAAGGAUCAAGAGAAGAGUGACGAGCAACGGCGUAAGCAACAGGAGCUUGCGUGGAAUAUAUUGCCGCGGAGACAGUCAUCUCGUAUUGCGAUUGGAAGAAUGAAAAAUCAGUCUGCAAAUGAAUCAGAUGCGGACGAUAAUUGCUCUGAAAACGACAGAGAGAGCCGUCGUCUGAGAUUGCGGUCAAGAAAACUGCAUUCCGCGACGUCUGAUUGUGACGAUGAAAAACACAAGCAUGACCGAGCUUGGCGGGCACGCCGGCGGCAUAAUGGCCUUGACCACGAUGAGGAGGAUGAAGAUGAUGGGACAAUGGCUGAAGAUUGGGUAGACUGGUCCCUGGUAAAGUGCAACCCUCAUUCUCUUUCAACGGUUUGCUUGGCACUUGUGAAUCGGCUUUUAAAGGAAGAAGCCGCGGAUCUAUUCUCACGACCUGUGAACCCAGAACUCGAUGGCUGUCCAGAUUAUUUGUCUGUCAUCACACACCCAAUGGAUCUGGGUACAAUUCGGUCUCGUGUUGAAAGCAAUUACUAUCAGAAAUGGAAUUUAUUUAAAGAGGAAGUUGAGCUCGUAUGGCGAAAUUGUCGUACAUUUAAUGCUCCCGAUACGUUAGUCGUUCAGUUUGCCAAUGAGCUGUCAAAGCUUUCGCGUUCCAUGUACAUUGCUGCAGAGAAAAAAGGAGUGAAUUUUUUGAAGGACAAGACGUGUCGAGAUCUUAAUGACAGUGAUAAUCAUCUGAGUGACGUGAGCAAAGCAGAAUCUCAAUCCAGUAUCAACAAAGCAUGGUCUGAAAGCAGUGCAUCAGAAAACAGUGACUCGAGUGAUGGCAACUCGUCUUCUGCUAGUGACAGCGAUAGUAACACUCGAAGGCGCGAGCGAGUUAACUCACGCACAUCAUGUGAAAAACCGCUGACUCGCCCGCGACUCAACCGCCCUCGAAUAUCAGUUGAUCAGGGCAGUCGGUGCCGUUCGUCCAGGAAACGGCCUGUGCCACCCUCUAUAAACCAGAGAGGCGAACUUAUAGCAUCUGCGACCGAGGUGCUUUCUCCUGUUCGAAAGUGUCGACAGCCAGUUCAAAAGCCGUUUUUGAAAAGAAACGAUCAAGUCGAGCCUGCGUUCAACGACGAGGGUUCUAGUGGUGGCGAUUGCACGAAAAAUCAGAACGGCAAUCUGUUGCUUUCUCCAACUCGUUUGCCGCCACCUCAUGUAGCGCAGAAGCGCCCAACACAUCGGCUCAUCAUCAGUGAUAGCUCCAACUCUGAUGACAGCUCUGAUAGCGGCAAUUCGUCCACUUCAUCAUCAUCUGAUUCAGAUGACUCAGAUAGCGAUGCACGUUCACUAAACAAGCACCCACAACCACCUUCGCCAUCCGCUGCUGUAGUCCCCACUCCCACUCCGCCCCCACCUACGCCACCUCCUCCGGCUACGUCACCUAUAAAAAGGAGGUCCUCAGCGCAAGCGACGUUAGAUCAAAGGCUUGAUACGAAUACUGGAGCUAGCCAAGAUGGAGAGACGACAGAGCCAUUCCAGUUAAGGCCUGAUGCUCUUCCCGCUUGUACUCGCUCUCCAGCUUUUUUGAAUCCGUACCUGUCUUCGUCAUCGUCGUCCGAUCUUUCUUCGAGUGAUAGCGAUUCCAGCGACGGAGACAGUGAGGUCGACUAA